CCGAAGCAGAUUCACGAGAUCAAGGAUUUUCUCCUCACAGCUAGGAGGAAGGAUGCCCGUUCGGUGAAGAUCAAGAGGAGCAAAGACGUGGUGAAGUUCAAGGUCCGCUGCUCCAAGUACCUCUACACCUUGUGUGUUUUUGACUCCGAGAAGGCUGACAAGUUGAAGCAGUCUCUUCCCCCCAGGUUUGAGCGUGCAAGACCUUUGAAGAAAUUUGAAUUGGAAGCACUUUUUGUUGGACAGGUUUUGAUGGCUGUUUGUUACUCCGGUGGAAAUGCCAUUCAAGUGUUCCGUCGUUUUGUGGUUUUGUUGAAUUUCUUGAAUACAGACUUGAAGGUGUAGAACUGUUGCCUUGUAACAAAUAACAUGAACUCUACAAUAUUGCAGGUUGAAGUAGUUUCUGAGUUUCUGAGCCGUGAAAUCCGGUUGAAAACCAUUAUAUUACCUGAGACGCUUCUCUUGCUCCAUAUACCGUAGCAUCUACUUGCACUGUAUGUAUGCACGAGCGACACAUUUGAACUUGCCCUGAUGCAUUUGGAGAUGGGUAUUCGAAUUCCACCAGCGACCGACUCUUUACCAGCUCUUCGUUCUCUU